UGGAAUACAACAGAAAAAAUUUGGAAUAAAGGAAACGUCCUAAAAAUUGUACUCGUAAUAUUGUAAUGCUUAAUAUAAAGAUUUGAAAUUUACGAAAAUCUGAAUUUUUGGACAAUAAAAUUUGUACAGCUGAUGCGGCACAUAAAUUGUUUACAAAUAAUUGUGAAACUCGAAUAUUUCUGAAAAUGUCAACCUUUGUGGUUAAGUUACUUCAGCGCUCCCAACUUUCGCAUAGCCAAAAGGACGUAAAGCCUUUUAUCUAUGUCCGCAGCAACUGGAUGGACGACGAGGCGGAAUUUGACUUCCUGUCCACCACCAAUAAUCAGAAUUACCGGGGAAGUCUGAAAUACGAGGAGUUACGGACUGCAGCCAGUGAUUUGGAGCUAUCCUACGAUGCCUUCUUUGCCGAAUGCAAAAAUGCCAUGACCACGCACAUGGGAGUUCAGGGAUUCGAUUACGAACUGGAGGAUGGGGAGCAACAGUUCUUCAAAAUGUACAAAUGCGAGGGAUACGAGACGCUGUACUUGGAGGUUCCACUGAGAAAAGUGUCCAAUUGUUAUCAGCUACUAGAUGCCGCCAUCGAAGCUGGUCAGCAGAAGGCUCAAGCAGCUCCAACUGCCGAAUCGGAAGAUCAGAAAACCACAUCCCUGGCUGAAUAUGAAAAGUAUGUGAGAGACUCCAAAUUGAAAGAGGAGGAACUUCUCAAGAAGUUUCUGCUCCUUAUAAACAGCAAAAAGGCGCACAUUAGGGAUUUGGAAAACCAGCUAGAAGAGCGUUCGAAAAAGCCCUCAAAGGGAAAAAAGAAUAAAAGGACUUCCACUGAUGAGGAAGAGGACGAAGCCUUUGGAGCACCCACUCAAGCCAUGAAUGUAGACAACGAUUCGGAUUAAUCUAAAAUUAUGUAUAAUUAAAACAUCCCAUCUUCGGUAUGUGCUUGAAAUGUAUUUCCGUUUUGGUUUUAGUUUUUCUUUUCGAUCGUUUGAUUUUGUAAAAUAAAUUAGCUUUAUAAUGUAUGUAUAUAUGUAUAAAUAAACAACAAAUAGACUUGUAACGUAA